CGGCCUCUCCCAACUGUACAUUUCCGGCAGCGGCUUUCAAUUUCGGACUGUUUACGUGUCACGUUGCCAGUGUCUGCCUGUGUGUAAGAAUCGGCGCGCGCCGGAGUCGAGUGGGAGGCGAAGCUUGUGAGAGGAUGGAGUCCGCAGCUCGCGAUAGCCCCGCAGUCAAAGAGGCAUCAUUAAUUGAUUCCACCACAUGUAAGAAGCCUAGUAAUAAAAAGAAGAAUCCAAAAGGGAAGACCAUGAUGGCAGCAUGGAACAGAAGUGGAGAUGAGAGCAGAAUGAGGAAACUGUUUGGGUUUGAACUUUGUGACUUGUCCAGCUGGGAGCGGCUCCUACGCCUCUUGAACCGACCUACUGACCCUGCGUCCUUGGGAAUGUUUCGAUUUCUUUUUGGAAUGCUUAUGGUGAUUGAUAUUCCCCAAGAGCGAGGGAUGAGCUCUUUGGAUUACAAGUACUUGGAUGGAAUGGAUGUAUGUCGAUUUCCAUUGUUUAAUUUCCUGAAGCCUCUGCCGAUGGAUUGGAUGUACCUGCUUUAUGUUGUUAUGUUGUUUGGAGCACUUGGGAUCAUGUUGGGCUGCCUUUAUCGCAUAUCCUGUCUGAUGUUUAUCAGUACCUACUGGUAUGUGUUCUUCUUGGACAAAACUACUUGGAACAAUCAUUCUUACUUAUAUGGGCUCAUUGGAUUUCAGCUGACUAUCAUGGAUGCCAAUCGAUAUUGGUCAAUAGAUGGGCUCCUUAAUUUAAAAAAAAAGAAUGCUCAUGUGCCCCUAUGGAAUUAUACAGUACUGAGGGCCCAGAUUUUUAUUGUCUACUUCAUAGCUGGGGUCAAAAAGCUUGACGGAGACUGGGUUGGGGGAUACUCAAUGAACUAUCUAUCACAACACUGGCUUUUUGAUCCUUUUAGGCUGAUUUUCACAGAUGAGAUGACUAGUCUGAUUGUCGUUCAUGGUGGAGGAUUGAUCCUUGACUUGACUGCUGGGUACCUACUUUUCUUUGAUGCAACACGUCCUAUUUCUAUUGUCUUUGUUACCUACUUCCAUUGCAUGAACUCACAGUUGUUCAGUAUUGGAAUGUUUCCCUAUGCCAUGCUUGCCACAUCACCACUUUUCUGCUACCCUGACUGGCCUAGACGUUUAUUUGCAAAGUUUCCUAUCUGCCUAAGUGGAGUACUGCCACCUGUGAUGACAAAUCUACAAACUAGUGUUUCUUGCCUUUACCCUGAAGUUGAACUGAAAGCGAAAGGGUUAACUGCUGAACAAAACCUGCAAGUCAAGCCCACCAGAGCAAGUCUGCGCCACAAGCUGGGGGCAGUCUUCACAAUUAUCUAUAUUGCUGAGCAGUUCUUCUUGCCUUACUCUCAUUUCAUCACUCAGGGAUACAACAACUGGACCAAUGGUCUGUAUGGUUACUCCUGGGACAUGAUGGUCCAUUCUCGAUCUCACCAGCAUGUUAAGAUCACUUACCGUGAUACCAAAACUGGGGAUAUUGGCUACCUGAACCCAGGGGUAUUCACCCAGAGUAGACGCUGGAAGGAUCAUGGUGACAUGCUGAAGCAGUAUGCUGUAUGUCUGAGCCACCAGUUGACAAAGUACAAUAUAUCUGAACCAGAAGUCUAUUUUGACAUUUGGGUAUCUAUUAACGAGCGUUUCCAACAGAGGAUAUUUGACCCUCGUGUGGAUAUUGUGAAGGCUGACUGGUCACCUUUCAAAUCAAACCCUUGGCUUAUGCCAUUAUUAGUUGACCUUUCACCUUGGAGAGCAAAGUUUUCAGAGGUUGAAAACGCACUGGACAAUCAAACAGAAGUAGUUUUUAUUGCUGACUUUCCAGGACUUUGUUUAGAAAACUUUGUGAGUGAAGAUCUAGGCAACACAAGCCUGCAUGUGCUUCAAGGAGAAGUAAAUGUGGAGAUUGUAAUGGAAAAAAAGAACUAUACACUUAAGAAGGAUGAAAAAAUGCAGCUUCCAGCAGGGGAAUACCACAAGGUAUACACAAUAUCCCAGGAGCCUUCCUGUUACAUGUACAUAUAUGUCAACACAACUGAUGUAGCUGUGGAGAAGAAAGUGGCAAAGCUGUUUGAACUACAGGAGCAAGUGAGAAAUGGAACAGAAACUGAACCAAUCCCUCCUGAGCUGCAAAAUAUAUUGAAUGGAACAAAUGGAGAUAUCAAUGUAACAGACCCAAUUCUAAGAGUGUUUCUGCGAAGACAAAGAAGAAUGGAGGAAGUUCAGAAAAGACGUAAUGCUACAAUAUUAGAAAAACUGUAUCGAUUUAGCAUUAAGAAAUAUUACCUUUUUCGGAGGAGUUUUCUGAUGACCGCAAUAGCAAUGCGAAAUCUUGUUUUUGGUUUACCACCCAUGGAGCAGUUGACCCAGGAAAUUGCUUAUGCAAACUUGAAAUACACAGAUGAACAGGCACAAGGUGAAACACAGAAUGUGAACAUGCAGAAAACUGAAACCAGCCAUGUCGAGCUUUGAAACAAAUAUUUGCACAUGUUGUUUAAAUAGGACCAAUGGAUACAGUUUACAGUGUUAUUUGUAUAGAAACGCUGCUUAAGCCAGUCUUGCCUCAAUCUGUAAUUUAACUACCAGUGUGCACCUCAUCCUUUAUUUUUCUUGACCUAGAACCUUUUUUUCAUUCUCGGACAUUGUUUGCUGUUCAACAUAUGGACUGCAAUUCCUGUUUCAGGUGAAAGGUCAUCUUAUUCCUAUCUUAAUGCUAAAUUCAGGAAGAUUGACCUGGAUUAUGUAGCAGAUUUUUAAUAUAAUCUGAUGAACUGUUUGGAUACUCUUACCUCAUCACUCGUCUUCACAAACCAGUUAACACAGUUUGGAAUCCUGUCAGCAUUUUAUCAUUGCCACAGAAGUACAGGCUGGGAAGUCUAUGAUGCUUGCAGACCAAACUCCAGUUCUGUGCAAGUCUCCUGAUCAUCUUCUUCUGAACUUUAAAUAUUGACACUCACAUAGAUAUGGAUUGUAGCAAUACAAUCCUACAUUUUCAUUUUGAAUGGUUAAAAUUAUUUGAACUUUUUUUUAGCGUCUCAAUCUUACUGAGAGCGUGCAUUUUUGUUUUUAAGAUAUUCGGCAGGUUUUGACAAAAUUUGCAUUUGUGCUUUUUAUUUUUAAUAAAUGUAGAUAAUGAACACUU